CAGCGCGAUGACGAGCAGAACCGAGCCGGCACCAUGCGCUCCAGGCUCCCUCGGACCGCCUGCCUCCUGCGGCUCGCUGCACUCUGCAUCCUGCUCCCGCACGCCGCAGCCUACUUCGGGCUGACGGGACGGGAGCCGUUGGUCUUUCUGCCGGGUCCCUUCUCCAACGAGGCUUCCACGGGCAAGGCCUACCUGAAGCAGUGCGAGCAGAUGGUGCUGUCCCGCCGCCAGAAGAGGCUGUGCCGCCGGGAGCCCGGCCUGGCCGAGACGCUGCGGGAGUCGGUGCGCCUCAGCCUGCUGGAGUGCCGGUACCAGUUCCGGAACGAGCGCUGGAACUGCAGCCUGGACGGCCGGGGGAGCCUGCUGAAGAGAGCCUUCAAGGAGACAGCCUUCCUUCUGGCGGUGUCGUCGGCGGCGCUGACCCAUGCCCUGGCCAAGGCGUGCAGCUCGGGCCGCAUGGAGCGCUGCACCUGCGACGACUCCCCCGGCAUCCAGCACCGGGAGGCAUGGCAGUGGGGGGUGUGCGGCGACAACCUCAAGUACAGCACCAAGUUCCUCAAGCGGUUCCUGAGCCAGAAGAGGAUCAGCAAGGACCUGAGGGCUCAGGUGGACGGCCACAACAUCAACGUGGGGAUUAGGGCGGUAAAGAGCGGCCUCAAGACCACCUGCAAGUGUCACGGGGUUUCCGGCUCCUGCGCCGUACGGACUUGCUGGAAGCAGCUGGCUCCUUUCCACGACACGGGCCGGCUGCUCAAGUAUCGCUACGACACGGCCAUGAGGGUGCUCAGCGUCACCAACACCGCCACCGGGGAGAGCGAGCUAGCCGGGCCGCGCCGCCACAGCCUCCGCACCACCGACCUGGUCUACCUGGAGGACUCGCCGAGCUUCUGUCGGCCCUCGCGGUACUCGCCGGGCACCGGCGGACGCACAUGCGCCAAGGACACCAGCUGCCAGAACCUGUGCUGCGGACGGGGCUACAACACGGCCAUGCGUCUCACCAGCCUGUCGUGCCACUGCCAGGUGCGCUGGUGCUGCCAUGUGGAGUGUCAAACCUGUGUCCGGGAAGAGGAGGUCUACACUUGCAAGAGCACGUAGGCCUGAAAAUAAGACGGAACUCCAAGAGCCACUGAGAUUGCGCAGGGAACUAAUCACCACACUCGCAUUUGGCCGAACUGUGCACAAGGACCACAAAUGACUACCUAGGAGGCGCACAUCAUAACAUCUCCUCGUGUCCGAUGGUACAAGUCUGAACAAGCUCCAUCCUUGUCUGUGGCUAGCUAUGCUAUGCUCACAAUAGCCAUCACUAGUGCUUUAAGUUGGGUUGAACAAGAAUUCAAGACGUGUUUCAACCGAGUUAAGUUCGGUUCACGAGCUGCGCCAGCUAUGUAAAUAGCGUCACGUCAUAGCGUGAGGUGCCAGAGAAUUCCACAAUAUGUCUUCAAGAUGGGGGACAGUAACGGAAGACAUUUGGUGGUCUUUCUUGGGAGGUUUUGUAGCCUAACUAUAAAGUACAAACUAAGGGUUCGAGGCUAGGUGGAUCCUAUGUAAAAAGCUUGAGAGACUUCUGUUGUUCUUUGUCAAGACUACUACGAAUGUUCUUUUACGGAAAAGUUUGCCACUCGUUACUUUGUCGUACAGGUUCUUCGCACACCUUCAGUCAUAACUAUAAAUGACAAAAUAUCUGCCAAUGCUGCUCUCAGUCUGCUAUAGCUAACAUUAUCACUGUCCACAAAGUCCGUACUUUUCCCAGACACAAAUUAUUUGGUUUUCUAGAUAGUACAUCUUACGAUGUUUUUGGCAAUUUACAUCAAAAACCGAAGUUUGGUCAACUAUUUGUAAGCAAUGUGUGUAUUUGUGAUGCACCACUUAACCACUAGGGGGAGCACAGAGUCCCCAACCGAUUUGCCACACCAUAAACAACAGCGGUAGUCAAUCGCAUAGCCCCUUUUGCAAAUUAGUUUGACGUAUACAAACACAUAUACAUUACAAAAAAAACCUGGUUAUUUGACAUUUUUGUUUAGCACAAUUCUACGCAUUGGUCAUUCUAACCGAAAAUAUCAAAUUGAUGUUUAAUAAUAAUAAUAAUAAUCCAUCCAUCCAUUUUCUACCGCUUAUUCCCUUCGGGGUCGCGGGGGGCGCUGGAGCCUAUCUCAGCUACAAUCGGGCGGAAGGCGGGGUACACCCUGGACAAGUAAUGAUAGAUUUUAUUUGUAAAGAGCACUUUACAUUGAGCAAACAACCUCAAAGUGCUACAGUGUAUUAAAAAAAAAUUAAAAGAUAAUUAAAAGAAAAUUAGAACAGCCGAAUAGCUAGAACUAGUAUGCAUAUAUCUAAAAAAAAAAGAUUUUUUAAAAAGAAGGGUUUUAAAGCCUUUUUUAAAAGCAUCCACAGUCUGUGGUGCCCUCAGGUGGUCAGGGAGAGCGUUCCACAAACGGGGCGGUCUGGGGAAGUUGUGAGUUGAACUAACUACCGGUAAAUACAAUGUAAGUCAAAACACGCAGUAAAGACAGUGUUUUUAAUUGCACCGCUACACCACUAUGGGGUAAACAUUGCUUCUCACUCACUCGUGACAAUAUGAAACAAAAAAAAUAUCGCACAGACCUCUAGCUCAUGACUUUCACAAUUUACUCCGAAACGCUGAAAGUCAAUGUUACUCAACGUUUUUACGUGGGAGAGUUCCUCAUAAUUGUGUUUUGUUCGAAAUGCAAUUAUCAAACGAGUUAGUAUAAUCUUUGCUGUUUAAAAAUCAUAAUACAAUGGCAGGGUAUGGCUCAAAAUAUGGCGUAAAGCAGGGGUGUGAAUCUUUGGGCACCUAACGAUUCGAUUCGAUUUCUGGGGUUACCAUUCGAUUCAUUAUCGAUUCACAAUCGAACACCAUGGUCCAUUUUACCAAUUUUUGCAAUGUAUUAUUUGUUGUAAUAUUUAUAAUGAACAUUUUUCAAAACCAGUUACAGGUUAGAAAAGCUCCCCCUGGUUGCAUUGAGAUAGCCUAAAAACAUAUUUUUUAAAAUGGAACACAAAAAAAAUAUUUUUUAAAUUAUGAAUCGAUUAGAAUCGAGAAUAGGGGGGGACCCGAGAAUCAAGGGACUUCCAGUAUUAGCGUUUUUUUAUUUUUUAUUCUUGAAUGAUACCCAACCCUCCAGCUAGGUAUAUUAGUUGCCUCCAAUUAGUUGUGCUAAAACAUGCUUGCAUACAUUAAAAGAUCCUUUGAAGCAGGGGUGUCCAAAGUGAGGCCCUGGGGCAAAUUUCGUCCCGCAGCUCGUUUUUUUAUUGGCCGUUGACAGAUUGCAAAAAAUUUAUUUAUGUUAUCACUAGAGCUGUCGAACGAUUCAGUUUUUAAGUUAGAUUAAUCACGAUUACCGUAAUCAAAAG